GGGAACACGCGAGCCAGGCAGUUGCGCGCACGCUGCCCAACCGGCUCGCUCGCUCGCUCGUCCGCUCAAUUCGCCGGGUGCGGGACACAGAGUUUUCAACCUUCGGCACCAGCAGCAGCUGCGGGAGCAGCGGCUCCAUCAUCAUCAUCUGCAGCAGCAGCAGCAGAAGCAGCAGCAAUAACAGCACGGAGUCUGCUGCAGCAGCAGCAGCAUCACCCUCGGCGAGGAAGGUGCUUGAAGUAGAAGCGAAAGGAACGGAGCAAAAGUUAAAGUCGGCACGAGAUGAAGUCCAUGGAAACGCUUCCCCAGCAAGCCGCGUGGCUAAUUCGCAUCGUCGCUUUCCUUCUCGUCAUUAGCUAAUUGCCAAUUUUUAGGUUGAGGUGGGGAGGGGGGGUCUUUCUUCACUGCCCGUGACGCCGGCAAAGCGCUCCGCAAAAGAAAGCCCACGCGUUCCAGCGGCUCUCUCCGUCAGCUUCAUAUACAGUAUUUAUUAAUAUCAUUAAUUUUGUGAAGGUCGCCUCUAGUUUGCGAUGUACUCUGCUUUGGCACCGAGAAGCAAGCCUUGGGAGCAUGGCUUCUCCAGGGUCCGCAGGAGGAAGACGUUCCUGCUGCCUCGCCUCGCCUUCAUGAGCGUGAUGCUCAUGGUGGCGUCAUACGCCUCCAACAUCUUCUCGAGCGCAGGCGAGGCGACGAGGGCUGCCACGCGCGUCCCGAGCGCCGAUCCCGGAGUGAAGCGAUGGAGCCGCAGGCUGCUCGGGGCCACGUCGCACCACCACCGGCACGACGAUCCGCCUCGAGCCAACGACACGGAGGACAAGAACUGCACAGAGCCAGCGAUUCAUGAAUUCCCGACGGACAUCUUCACCAACGACGAGAGGAAGCAUGGAGGCUUGCUUCUUCACGUAUUCUGUACGAUGUACAUGUUUUACGCGCUGGCCUUGGUGUGCGACGACUUCUUCGUCCCAUCGCUGGAAAAAAUCUCCGAGCGCCUGCAGCUCAGUGAGGAUGUGGCUGGAGCCACCUUCAUGGCGGCAGGCAGCUCGGCUCCGGAGCUGUUCACGUCCGUCAUCGGUGUGUUCGUCACCAAGGGCGACGUGGGCGUCGGGACGAUCGUUGGCUCGGCGGUUUUCAACAUCCUCUGCAUCAUCGGGGUGUGCGGCCUCUUCGCCGGUCAGAUCGUGCGUCUCACCUGGUGGUCGCUCUUCCGAGAUUCCGUCUUCUACACCAUCUCCAUCAUUGCAUUGAUUUUGUUCAUUUGCGAUGAAAUUGUAUCAUGGUGGGAGUCGGUGAUUCUCGUCAUGCUCUACGCUGUGUACAUAUUAGUGAUGAAGUUUAAUAUGAAGAUCCAGACGUUCUUGGGCAGCAAGCGGAAGCCCUGCGCCGUUGCCAUGGCCAACGGUACCACGCAUGGCGUCGAUGUGGACGACAGCAACAGCUACGACCCCACCAUGGUUCUGCUCAGCAAAGGCAGUUCCGCCCCGUGCUCCUCCGUCAUCAUGGUGGACGAGAUCUUCUACAGUCAGCCCCACAAGCUGAGCUUUUCGGAGGCCGGCCUGCGCAUGAUGAUCACCAGCCACUUCGGGCCACGCACUCGCCUACGAAUGGCAAGCCGCAUGCUCAUCCUGGAGAGGCAGCGAGUGUUGCAGGGCAACGAGCCGAACGGCACGGAGGCGGACGCGGCGGUCAAGGUGCCGAGCAAGAACGGGUUGGAGAACGGCGGUGGCGCUCUGCUGCUGGAGAAGGGCGAGCCGGGCGAAGCGCAGCAGGAGGAGAAGGAGGACGACGCUGACGGGAACGACGACGUGGAGGUGUUCUCGCCCAUCUCCCCUCCCGAUGGGGUGUGCAACAAGCUCAAGUGGAUGUUCGCGUGGCCCCUGGGGCUCCUUCUCUAUUUCACGGUGCCCAAUUGCGCCAAAGCGCGCUGGGAGAACUGGUUCAUGGCGUCCUUCGUGAUCUCCACCAUCUGGAUCGCCGUCUUCUCCUACGUCAUGGUCUGGAUGGUGACCGUGAUUGGAUACACGCUGGGCAUUCCCGAUGUGAUUAUGGGAAUCACCUUCCUGGCGGCUGGCACCAGUGUGCCCGACUGCAUGGCCAGCCUCAUCGUGGCACGGCAGGGCAUGGGCGACAUGGCAGUCUCCAACUCGAUCGGCAGCAACGUGUUUGACAUUCUGGUGGGCCUGGGCCUCCCUUGGGCCCUGCAGACGCUGCUGGUGGAUUACGGAUCCCACGUGGAAAUCAACAGCCGAGGUCUCAUAUACUCCGUGGUGCUGCUCUUGGCUUCAGUCGGCAUCACGGUGCUGGGCAUCUACCUGAACAACUGGAAGCUGGACCGCAAGCUCGGUCUCGCAUGCCUGUUCGUCUACGCCGUGUUCCUCUGCUUCUCCAUCAUGAUCGAGUUCAACGUUUUCACUUUUGUCAACCUGCCGAUGUGCCGUAAAGACUGAGACGUUCCUGCUCAACGAACAACGGCAGGAGGCAUCGCACGAGAGCUGCUCAUGUUGUCAUAUUUCACAACCACUAGACAAACAAGUUCCAUUUUUUUUUAUUUUGGCUCUUUUUUUCUCCCCCCCCCCCCGCCCCCCCCAGACGACAAUUUAUCAGGAAGCCUCUGCGACUGCUGCUACAAUUGUGACAUAUCUGAGUGUCUGUCCUCCCUUCACCCCACAACACGUUGGGAUGGCAGGUUCAUCGUCGGAAUGUGUAUCCCCCCCCCUUUCCAUUACAGCUCUUUUUUCGCUUUGGGCGCUAAUGAAAUCACGCUCAUACAUACGUACAAACACACGCAGAGCGCAGACGCGCACGCACGAAUAACUUUUUGAAGUGACGCAUCAAAAUGAAUGGAGCAGAUGAUUGUGACGCACCACGGGGUGGGUGGGUGGGUGCGGGGGUGACUGCUGCUGUGGCUGUCUGCGUGAAGCUUGAAGAGCGCUGUGCCCUGCAGAUUGCUCAGAGAGAGCGACGUUGGAAGAGAAAGAACCGUUUCGCUGACGCGCCGGGGAAUUUGGACGCGCGGAGGGUUUAUUUAUAAACGGGACCGAUGAAAAAAAAAUUACGAGAUUUUUUUGAAGAGUUGCGUUGUUGUUGUUGUUGUUGCGGUGUUAGCCCGGAUGUAAUGCGGAAGGUAUUUAUUUGCACAGGAAACAUGUAUUGAUUGUGUGAAGAAUGUAAAUUAUAUAAUAAUACAGCAAUGAGUGGCAUGUUUAGGUUACAAGUUGUUGUGUACAUUGUGGAAUUUUAUUCAAUUCUAUAUUUAAUCAAAGAAUACCUAUAUUGCUCUAUUUAGAAUCUAAACACUUUACAAUAGUCUAUGGGUUGAAAGUGGAAUAAAUAAAGUUAUUUUCAUGAAUUCCUGGUAUAUAUAUUAAGAAUUAUGUAAAUAGUAUUAUUGCCGAAAUCAAAUAUUCAAGUAAAGUGACCACACAAAACGUGAGAAUUAGCGUGUAAAUAGGACUAUCACUAGGCAAGCACUGAGUUCUGUAGCAUCAGCUGGGAAUGUGCAUCUGUACAUAAACACUUUGAUUAGUUGUUCUGUUGUGCAAUAGUUCAGGGUGUUUCUACGGCAAUGAUUGAGGCCUGUGCCUUCUUGCCACUGGCUAAGGGCAUUAGAAUGGAGACCAAAACUGAAAGGCCAAAAGCUGAUUAGUGGCAAAACAGUGCUGUGUCUCUCAUUUAAAAACGAGGAUAUUUUAAUGGACAUCAUUUAAAAAGAAAAUAAUGUCUACUGCUUACGACCACGAUUGAUGUCCGUGCAAGGGAGGAACACGGGAUGGAGUUUAUCGUGCUAAAUGAGCCGGUCUAUCAGAGCACGUGGAGGACUUUUUUUGGUGUGUUUUGGUCAAAGCAUCGUCGCCGUCGUUUCCGCCACCAUCAUCGGCGCGAUUGCCGCCGAACGAACGUCGGCGUGACAGAUCAUCGUCGCGAAGUUAGCGUUGUUGUUGUUUUUGUUGUCUAAACUAACAUCGACAAUGGUCCAGACAGCCUCUGGAGGGCUCGCUUGCUGUGUGCAUACUGAUGGCUGACACUGUUAAGGAAGAAUAUAGAAAUUCGUCAAUCCGUUGUUUUGCUCUUCUGAUUUGGAUUGAUACGUUCGUGUGGACCCCCCUCCCCACUCCCAAUUAUUCUGUAUUGAAUUAGUGUAGCCAUCGGUUGAAAGGUUGUGUAUCAACAUUUGACAUUUGCAACACGUCUAAUGUUUCAUAUUGAAUGAUUGGAACACUUAAACAUUCCUGGCAAUUGCUUUGUUUUCUCUCCCAUUUUGUAAUGGCCAAAGAGAUACGCGAUGUCGAGGUUUCGAAAGGGGGCCAUUGGUACUGUAUAGCAUUCUGCGUGAGCAUUCUGCGUGAGUCCAAAAUAAUAAGCCUUUUGCCAUCUGAGGUCAAGUGCAGUUCAGUGAGCACCAGUUAAUGCCACCGCGGUGCACACCGGGCAAGUGUAUCACCAUGCCUGACCCACCCACGGGCUCAUGCUGACCACAUGACAAACACUCUGCCAGGGACAGGGUACCGCGUGUCCAAUGGUGUUGUGCAUCAUCUGGAAUCAAAGCUGCGUUUGCUGGAAUCGUAACGGUGCGAGAUAUCGCCACACUCGCCUUUCAGCUCGGCAUGCAUGCGGGCACGUUUAAGUCGUCGAAACGUAUCAGCGUCUGAUCGAAUACAAAAAAAGACCCAUGUAAUUAUAAUAUGGUAACGAUGUGUUUGUGAUAAAAUUACAUUUACAAGUAAUUAUUUUUUCUCUCUCAAAUAUGAGCGCUAUUCAUAAAUUCUGAAGUUUUAUUUCUAAACGCACAAAGCCUCACGGUGAAGAAGGCUUCCUAUUUAAUUGCACGGAAGAUGAAUUACACAUCCAUUCGUGCGCCGCUGGUCAUUAUCUCGCACGCCCUCGUAUCCGUUCCCAUUUUUUUUGCAGCUUUGAUUUCUAUUUUUUUCUCCUUCUCACAACAACCAAGGGUCACGAUGUUACUUUGCACGAGACGCCGCGCGGAGCGUCAUUGUGAUCGGGCGCAACGACAUCUCGCGUGUGAACGCUGCACUCGAAAGGACCCGUUUGAGUGUCCCGUAAGUGCAAUUAGGACAUUGUCAUGCGCACCUAACCCAGUGGUCGUUGCCGAACGUCUUUCAGGUGCAGGUACUCGGUGGUGCAGUCCGCCGUUGUGUUGUUAAUACGUCGUGUUCAUAUCCAUGCAAUGUGUGUGUGUGUGUACAUAUGGGGUAUGGGGAGCGGUGGUGUUUGCGGUUAACGCGCUGCGCUAAGAAACGAGUUCGAUUCCCGCUCACGGCCAACACCAGUGACGAUUAUCUAAAUCGGUCCUGGGCCUCCCCUAGGUCGACUCAGCCUCAAAUGAGUACCUGGUGCAGUGUGUAAACUCGGGAGACAAAGGCGGCCGGGCGUGGUGCUGGCCACCCCCCUCGUGUGCUGUGUCGGCCUUCAUAGGUGCUCGCGAACAGCACUUGCCCCAACGGACGGCUUCUUAAGGCUAUACGGGGGGGAGAGGCUUUGUCUUUGUAUGGCGUAUGUCAUGCAGCUUUUGUGUAGCUAAUGGUGUUCGGUACAACUCAGUCACGGUCGAGGUGGCCAAGUAGCCCAGGGGCUCAGAUGGACCGAGUCGGGGCGCGGCUGAGGUCCUCGGUUUGAACCCAGGCAAGCUGCCUGCGAUUCAACUGUGUUCUCGAGUGUAACGAGUGCGAUCGUCUCAGCCUCGUGACCAAUGACUGCGCACAGAUAGACCCAUCACAUUUUACAUUUGGUUCUGCAGUUAAUUUGGCAAAAUUCCAGUGCUUGAGAAUUAAAAUAUUGGUUUUGCUGUUACAUGACACACGUAGCUCUCAUGGACAGAGCGGGUGGGAAAGUGCUGCCCGAUACUUUGUGAAGUAGGUCCCUUGAUGUGAUCUCAGAUGUAGCUCUGUGAUAACCACUUCCGUGGGGUUUUCUCUACCACGAAGGGUUGCACUGCUCGAGAGAUCUGCAUGAAUACUUUGUCUCACGACAUGAUGCUGAUGACAGCAUCGGUAUUAAAUUGGGGGAUAUUAUUUGUCUGUUGAGCACUAGCACUGUAAUUGUUACAAUAUUCUCUUGUUGAAUCAGUCAGUAUCGGUUGAUGGUGGGGUGGCGGGAACAAACAUCAGACUUCACUCAACAAACAGCCUUGCACAUGCCACGACCAGCUGCAAUUUUGAAUUGGCUGGCCAGCACUUUAGAAGCCGUUAUCUACACACCGUAGCAUUUGGUUUGUGUUUUGGUGAGAGUUUUUGGGGAAAGGCACCGUUUUUUUUAUUGUAGGCGACGAAUUAAUGUUUGCUACGGUGCAGUACUUGACAAAUUGGGACUUGAUUUAACAUUUUGCAAUGAACGCAUUUUAAACACCCAAUUAGGGCAAGUGUUACUUUAUUUUGUAAUGCCGAAGUAAAGAUGCGUAAUUAAAUAAGAGGCCUGCAAUUAAAUUAAUCCCCUCCACCAACUCAACCCCGUCCCACUCCGAUUCAAUUCAUCGCAAUUUGGCUCACGAUUCAACUCAAUAAUGAAUGCUGCUUUUUCACGGCUGUGGUAUGUCACGCAACCUCGAAAAACCCAUGGGAUAGCAAUCAAAUAAUAAUUUUAUUUUUUUUGUACUGUGGUUCAUUGCAGCACUUACAUUGCGUGCAGGUCACAUGUAUUAGCUACAUGCAACAUAUACCAAAUCUAAACCAAUCAGUUCCCGCAGCACACGAUUCGACGCCCGUAUCGUGUGCGUGAGAAUCAAUAUCAAUAGACGAAUCGAUGCAUCGUUACCUCUCUUCUCAGCUUGAAGUCGCGUGACUGCGUUGGCCUCGGGUGCUCGGAGUUCUUUCGUCACGUGCGUCUAUGCUGCACCUCUGCCCGAGACGCGUGCACUGUGCUCGUAUCUUGAUCCAACGCAUUCUCCCAUCUCACCGUCUACUCCCUCUGGCCUGCACUGGAGAUGUCUCCGUGGCUUUUCUAAUUUAUGGGUCUCUUAUGUGAGGCUAUGAAUCUCUGUGCGGGUCUGUGGCUUCUCUGUGUAAGUCUGUGGGUUCUCUCAUCUACAAAGCCAUUGUACGUGCAUCUUCUUUGCCUUUUCUCAGUACAUGCCCAAACUAUUGGUCUCGCCUCCCCUUAGCCUCUGGAUGAUUUUAGUAACACAUGCUAAGUCUGUAUCUUCUUCAGUGCAUCCUUACCCUCGUACUAAUAACGAUAAGCUAGAGAUUAAACGAGUACUAUUCUUUUUUUUUCCAUAAAGAAUGCUUUCCUAUUUUCUUCAACUCAGCUAUUGUCAUCAACUUCAUUCCCGAUGGAGCAUUCGUUUUGCACAUAAAGCAUUACGCUUUGGUUCAAACUUAACCAUAAUGUAUGUUUAAUAAUUAUGCUAAAUUGCAUAAUCUUUCAUUAGAGUGUAUCGAGGUGGAUGAGUUGAAAUAAUGUAAAGCGAUUUGUCAUUCAAAUAUAGCUUAGCUGGUAAAAUGCACAACUGGGUACGAUGAAUGGUUCACUGUUAUUUACCAUCUUCCCACAUUGUCUAUAAGCACUGCCUCUGACAGAAAGGAUGCAUAGAUUAUAUUAAAAGUUACAGUUUUAUUUCGAGUGCAAUGUUUUAUCCAAAAGUUGAAAACAAAGUUAUAUUUUUUAUUUCGUUUGUGGACUGGCAUUGAAUGUAUUCAAUAAACUUAAAAAGUAACGUGUUGACAUGCGUUUUUGUAAUCCAAUAUAUUUUGCUCCGAAAAUAUAUUCAAUUGCUUUUAAGCCAAAUUCGCCGUAAACGACUGGCACAGGACAGGUGAAGCCAUUGCAUGACCUCGAGUUAUUUAAGAGAUAAAAAAAAGAAUAAUUCUCCCUUCCUUUUGCAGAACGCACUCAAAUUCAUCAGCGUUGGUUGGACACGUGCAGAAGGUUUUCGCAGGCCGAUUGUAACGCAAGUGUGGCUCUCCGCGUUAUGGUUCUAACUGGACCAUUCGUUUAAAUAAAGAGAGAGAGAGCUUCACGGCUGAACGGAUUUCUCCCGGAAAAUACAGUUUCCCAUUCUUCACGUGUUGAAUAUUUUGUGUCGAAAUCUCGACGAAAAAUUCGCUGAACACGCAGCCGAGCCGGGAUGAUCGCGCUUGCAUCGGUUUGGCGAUGAACGUAAAAACACAACUCACCACCAUGUAACGUGUUCGCAUGCACCUCACACGCCUGUGUGUUAUGUUGCCAGUGACCCGUCGAUUUACUUCGAAGUGAAACGAAUUAUUUGGUGAUACUGCUACGUUAGCAGUGGUGGGAAAAGCAGAAGUUACCAAAACAACACUCAACGCAUUCAUCAAUAACACUGUGGCCUGAAAGUGUAAAAAUAUAUAUAAUAGGUGACGUUUUGGGUGACGGCCCUUCUUUGUAGCGAAAGUAGAAUGUGCUAUGAAGAAGGACCAUUGCCUGAAACGUCACACACGUUUUAUUUAAAGGCAGUGUUCUUCACAAACGUGUUGAGUUGUUGUUGCAUUUACUCAGAAGCCCGUGGCGAAUUGCGAUGUUUGUUUGUCUGUGGCCGGGAGGUUUGUUUGCUAUCCGAGGAGGCGCUCCGUGUCUGCUUGGCGCUUGGGCAUAAUCGAUUUUGCAGUGCUCAGCCCCAGCGUGUCCCCCCCCUCCUCCUCCUCCACCACCACCACCGCUUCCUAAGCUUCACGUUCUAAAAAAAAAACAAGUGACAGGGUGGUUUUGGGUUAUGAGAUUCCGCUUUGAGGGUUUGUUCUCCCCGCUGCAGCUUGUUUGUGUCGUUGUUAAGUAAGUACAUUAAUAACUGCUGUGUGCGUGCGUGAAUUUGUCAAUGCAGUAUGAUCUGGAAGGGGUGGGGGUGUGUGAGGGGUGGUUUGGUUUUUGCGGCUCUCCCUGUGUUGCAAUGAUCGCUGUGUUCACAAUCUCGGAGCCGUAGGAGGCUCACAGUCUGUUCAGUGAUGGCUAUCGCGAGGCGGAAUACCAUGCACAAUCGGUUGUUAGUAUUACACGCUUGAAAAUUUUACGAAAUCAAUGUGUCUGACUGAGUUAUCUGCGGUAUGGUGGGAAAGGGUGAGGAGGGGCGGAGCCGGUAUUUAAAAAGAAUAUAUAUUGCAGUGUGUGCAGUAUUUCUAACUGUGGGGGAAUUGAUCCGUGUGGUGAAUGUCUUCUCGAGGAAGUUUAAGCCCAAAUAAUCUGCCAAUAAUUAUUUGUCCCGGGAAAGUCUCAGUGUGAGUCUCAAGACACUUUUUUUUGUUAAGGAGGGUCCUGCAUUGGGAUAUUUUUUGACGAAUUCCCACACAACCAGUGUGUGGCAUACUCUUAGUUCUUUCGGUAAA